GGAAUAUACGCUUCUCAAACAAAAGUCGAGUGAAACAUGCUUAGCGUGACCGAUUAAUUUGAUCAGUGCACUGAAACCGUUCUCAAAGGAAAACAGUAACAGAUUUUCUACAAAUCUUCGAUUUUUACGGAAAAAUGUCCAUAGAUUUUUCGUGGUGGCAGAAACCUCCUCCGAUAGUGGACAGCACCGAGGAUGUGCUGCGGCAAUAUAUCCUGGAGCCGGUCAUCCCGGUCAAUGAACCGAAACCGCACUUCCAGCCGCGUGUGCCCACCGUGGAAUCGUUGUACGAUAUUCCCCCGGCACCGUUGAGCACUCGGAUCGUUCCGGAGCGCUGUCAGGAAACCGGAAAGAUAAUUGACUUCAUUGAAAUUCCAAUCGAGAAUGCCGGGAGUACCGCGAAGAAUUCCAUGUCGUUGAAGAGAGAACCGGGCCCUGGGGAUGAUUCUACCCGAGGGUCGGCAUCGUACUUUCCCUUCUGGCCCGGGGGUUUCGACGAACCGGAGAAAGCCAUCCAGAUGCUGGACAUUGACAAUUCGGUGUUUGAGAAGAAUCUGAAGAACUGUCCGCCGGGCUUCGCUAAUGGCAUGGUUUUCGCCGACGUGAAGAGCUCCGACGAUGGCAUUGUGGAUCUUUUGUCUGCUAUCGAACAAGAAGUGGAAGGUCUGCGGAUGUGGGAUUCGGAAGACAGCGAAGAGGAUGACGAUGCGCCUCGUGUUGAUCCCAGCAGUAUACAGAGAGUGCCCCUGGACGACAGUCUAGACGAGUCGCUAUUAAAUGUAGAGCAAAGUUCAGCAAAGGUGUUGAAAAUUGGUGAAACCGGAGCAAAUGCUUCUACCUCAGCCGAGUGGGCCGAAAUCUUGGACGUAUCGAAGCCGGUUGCAGAUUUUUACACAAGAAUUCCGGAUAUGGCUCACAAGUAUCCCUUCGAGUUGGACAUUUUUCAGAAGCAGGCCAUCAUCAAGCUGGAAGAGCACAAUCACGUGUUUGUGGCUGCACACACCUCCGCCGGCAAGACGGUGGUUGCCGAAUAUGCCAUUGCCUUGUCCAAGAAGCAUAUGACCAAAACCAUCUACACUUCACCAAUAAAAGCACUGUCGAAUCAGAAGUACCGAGAUUUCAAGACCACAUUCGAGGACGUCGGAUUGAUCACGGGAGACAUCCAAAUCGAUCCCACCGCUUCGUGCUUGAUCAUGACGACGGAGAUUCUACGAUCGAUGUUGUACUGCGGAAGUGACAUCACGCGCGACUUGGAAUAUGUUAUCUUCGACGAGGUUCACUACCUGACGGAUGCCGAUCGGGGGCACGUGUGGGAGGAAGUGCUCAUUCUACUACCGGAUCACGUGUGCAUUGUGAUGUUGAGUGCCACGGUACCCAACACGCUGGAGUUUGCCAACUGGGUGGGCAAAACCAAGAAGAAGCGGGUCUACGUGGUGAGCACUCCCAAGAGACCGGUGCCUUUAGAGCAUUAUCUUUACACUGGAUGCGGAGGCAAGACAAAGGACGAUUUGUUCCUUGUCGUUGAUGAGAAGAGUAACUUCCUGAUGGACGGAUAUCGAAAGGCCAAAGAGGCAAAAUUGGCUAAAAAUACCACCAAAAAUGCCGGUCGCCAAGGUCAAUUCAAUCAGAAGCAGGAGCAAACCCUGUGGGUCGGCUUGAUUCACCAUCUGGAGAAGAACAAAAAGAUGCCCGUCGUUGCGUUUACCCUAUCGCGGAACCGAUGCGAUAACAAUGCCAAUGCCCUAAUGUCGUGCGAUCUGACGACUCCCAGUGAAAAGUACUUUAUCAACUCGUUCUUUCAACUGUGCCUGCAGAAGCUAAAGCCUCCAGAUCGUGUCCUGCCGCAGGUGAUCCAGGUUCAGAACUGCCUGCAGCGGGGUAUCGGAAUCCAUCACAGCGGUAUUCUUCCGAUUCUGAAGGAAAUUGUAGAGAUGCUGUUUGCCCGGGGGCUCGUCAAAAUCCUUUUUGCUACUGAGACCUUCGCGAUGGGUGUAAAUAUGCCGGCCAAGACGGUCAUAUUCGAUUCAACCAAAAAGUUCGACGGUCAAUCGUCGCGUCUGCUACAACCGGCGGAAUACACCCAGAUGGCUGGGCGAGCUGGACGGCGAGGACUGGAUAAGAACGGAACCGUUAUUAUCAUCUGCAAGGUUGAUGUGCCCAGCGAGAGCGAUCUGCGAAAUAUGAUUCUUGGGAAGCCCAUGCGUUUGGAAUCGCAGUUUAGGCUGACCUACGCCAUGAUCUUGUACCUGCUUAGGGUGGAGCUGGUUACGGUUGAAAACAUGAUGCUGCAUAGUUUUAGGGAGUUUGAAAAACGUCAGAAACUACCGGAAAGCAAAUCAGAGCUGAGCCGGAUGGAGGAAAAGAUUUCCAAGCUGAACGAGCUGAGCGAGCACUUAAAACCCCUGUGUCAGUUUUACGAUGCGGCCGUGCAUUAUUUAGCCAAGUGGGACGACUUUAUGCCUUUCGUAUUUCUAACGCAAAAAGUAUCCAACGAAAUGAAACCAGGUCGGGUACUGGUGAUCACCCAUAAGACCCAUCGUAAUAAGUUAGCUAUUUUGCUUUCGGUCCUGCAACAGGAUCACAAAUCGGCCCGAUACAAGGUGCUUGUUCUGGACCACCAGCAUGCCAACGCAUCAGAAGCGGAAACCCUCGAGCGUGGCGACCUGUGGCACCGUAUUCUGGCAUUGUCCGCUCAGUAUCGUCAGUUCAUUCCGGAAGGUAUCGGUGGACACUGUGUGCUGCAAAUUACCCACACCAAUAUAGUGGACGUAACAAAGCAAACCAUCAAAUGUGAUCCGACCAAAAUCAUCCAAAACUGGGACAACAGACAAAUUCCUAGGUUUAAAGAUCAACCGCCUUCGCAGUCGGUGCUGGAUGCCAUGGCUGCACUUACCGAACUCAACACUGCCGUAGUUAACGAAAGUAUAAAAUUGGAAAGCCUAAAGUACCAACUAACGCUAAACCAGUUGAAGCAAAAUGAAGAGCUACAGAAAGCAAGGGAAGCUCUGGAUAGAUAUCUGCCCUACACAGAUAUCGCCGAUUUCGUGCACGAAUUUGCAAUUGUUUUUGACCGAAAGCAGGUGGAGAAGAAGCUGGACGAUCUGAAGUUUCAGGUUUCGUACAAGAGUAUGUCGCUGUAUCCGGAUUAUUGCAAUAAAUUAAAGGUUCUACAGGAACUCAGGUACAUUGAUGACAUGCAGCAAGUGGCUAUGAAGGGUCGAGUCGCGUGCGAAAUGGGCCAGAAUGAACUUAUGAUAACAGAGCUAGUGCUUCGGAACAUUCUGACCGAUUUGCAACCGGCGGAAAUCGCCGCCUUGUUGUCCAGUUUGGUGUUCCAGGCCAAGACGGAAGUAGAACCAAAAAUGACCGAGACGUUGAAAAAGGCAAAGGCAUUGUUCGAGGAGGUCGAAAACGAUAUCCGGUACGUGGAGAAAAUGUACAACGUGACGGACAUUUUGGAAAAGGAUGAGCUAAACUUUGGACUUAUCGAGGUCGUUUACGAAUGGGCCCGGAAUAAACCUUUUGCGGAGAUAAUGGAACUGACCGAUAUCAAGGAAGGUAUCAUUGUGCGGUGCAUUCAACAGCUAAAUGAAACCUUAUGCAACGUGAAGGAUGCCGCCCGUAUCAUUGGCGAUCCGGUACUACACAGCAAGAUGGAAGAAGCAUCAAAUGCCAUCAAAAGGGACAUUGUGUUCGCAGCAAGUUUGUACACGUCGACCACACCGAUUGCAGUUGAAGCUGCGGUAAUGGAAUAGUUUUGAAUUGUUUUGUCUCUUACGUUUUUUAUGUUUAUAAAAUAUAUUUUUGAUCAGUUUUUCCUUUAAAUAAAUUUGAUUUUGAUUAUCAA